AUGGAAUGGUAUGCGUCGCAGGAGACGAAAGACCGCGCCUAUGAAGAGGCGUACCUGUACGAGUGGCUACCGCCACCAGACGCCUACCAGCUACCGCCUUACCAAGCUACUGUCGAUGCUUUCCUCGUCCGCUGCACGUUGCUGUCCCCUCCACCCAUACAGUUGCGGGCGUACGGCAUGCCAGAAUACCUCUGGUCCCGACUCUAUGAUUGGAUCGACGCACCUGUGACUGCACGACGUCUGGUAGCAGAAAAGUCUGCCGUCGGGUUCAGGAUGCGCUGGCCCAGGGCGCCGGUAGUCAUCCGCACUCGGGCUCAGGAGGUUUGGAUGCGGAACAGGGCCUUCGAGCCUCCGUCGAACAUGGUGGAUCGCAUCGAAGCUCUUUUCUUUCAAUGGGAGGCGGAGCUGCACGCGCAAGCUGCGGCCUUCCACGCGCCGACCGCUGCACCGCCAGUGUUCUAUCGGCUGAAGUCUGAGUACAUCGAAGACCGGGCGAACGGCCUGGACCUCCUGUCUGCGGCCGUCCCCUUCGACACCCCAGCGCCUUCGCAUUCUGGCGGCUCACAGCCGCUGGACCCGCCCGUCAACGACUUCAUCGGCGACUUCGACUUCUUUUCCGCCGCGGCUUCUUUUGACUCGGCUACGCAACUCGACCAGCCGCCGCCGGCAAACACGCCGCAACCGACAAUUGAUGCGUCGUCGUGGUCCGACACUAUCUCGGCGGCAUGUUCGCCUGCGGAAGGCAUGCCGCGCGCUGCUCCUUCAUGGCAGUUCAGCGCUUCUCUAAGGGAGUACGCGCGCGUGGGCGCUUCGUGA